AAAAUAACGGUCCAGGAACAUAUGUCUAACUUAAAAGAAUUACGUAGUAAUUAUACUCGUGCACGUGGGCCUGUGACACAGAGCAAUAAAGAAAUCUAGUUGCCCUGCAGUCUGAUCAAAUUUCUGUAAAAAGUCAUUUCCAAACACACCAUGGUUAAGGGCAGAAUGAAACAUACGCGUAUGUCCGAAUAUGACGAACGUGCAGAAAUGAUUAAAAUGGCUGAAUAUAUAUACAAGCGUCCGGACAACACAAAAGCCGAAGAAUAUACUCUACCAAUCGACAUACUAAAUUAUGAAGUUGACCCAAAAACGAGUACUCAACAUUUUAAUUAUAAACAAUGGUAUGCCCACAAAAUCGAAAGCAUUUACCCUGGCAAUAUUGACAAAUUAGCACAGAAUAAAGUUAAGCUACGGAUGCAACCGCAAUAUGUCCGAAAUUUGUUUACUGACACGCAAAGCGAAAAUGUUUACGAACGGCAAUACUCUAGCCAACCCACCUUUAUACAAAAACAUAGAAACACAUCCAUUAAAGGCUUCAGAAAGAAUAAAAAAUUUAGAAAACCUAUCUUGGUUACGAACAAAUUUCAUCCCUAUUCGGAGACUGUGGCUAAAAAUAGGAAGAGUAAAAUUGAUAGCAACCUGAGAUCUGGGGAGAUUGCAGCCGAAAUUGCAAAACUGAGACAAAAUUAUUUAGGCAAUGCAUCAAAUAUACUUCGCGAAUCUCAAAAUAUCAGCCCUGCUAAUGAUACAGACGCAUACAAGUCCUUGCUAAUAGCAAGUAUAUUUGGUUUUUUGCCACGCUUCGAUUAUAACCUCAGAAAGCUUGAAGAAAGUGAACAUGAAUUUAAUCCAUAUUCAAUGACUUAUAAAUUUAGCUUAGUAUUUUGCGGAAUAUGUUUUAUUUUUUGCCUUCUCAUAUGUUUGGGAAUAUGGUUUAUUAUGUGCAAAUUAUGCAGCAGAGCCAAACGUACGUUAAAAACAGAUAAGAAGAUAAUCAUCAUUUCGUUACUGCCUAUUGUUCCCACUCUGAUACCACUGUUAGGCGUGUAUUUGACAGACUCAGCCUUUACCGACAUGAAGCCACUACCGAGUCUAUACGAAGAAAAUCGCACCGAAGCACUAAUUGCAUAUACAAGAGGUUAUAAGAAUACAAUGAAUUUACAAACUCUUCACUUCCAUAGAUGUUACACUUGUGCCGCCAAGCAUUACGAUAUUACGGGCACAAGAAGCUUAUAUUGGGUUUCUUUACAAAUUGACAUGGUCAGAAACGUAACCAGAGAAAUGAACGAUUUAGUCAUGUUGCAAUUGCAAACCAUACACAACAUCAGCUUAGUCAUGAAG